AGGCUCAGAUUGUUCUUUUGGUGAUUCUACUUCUUGCCAUUGCUGACUUCGUCAUAGGAACAUUUAUCUCAUUGGAGAGCAAGAAGCCCAAAGGUUUCUUUGGUUAUAAAUCUGAAAUAUUUAAUGAAAACUUUGGACCAGAUUUCCGAGAUGAAGAGACUUUCUUUUCUGUAUUUGCCAUCUUCUUUCCUGCUGCCACUGGUAUUCUAGCUGGAGCAAACAUUUCAGGUGACCUUGCAGAUCCUCAGUCAGCCAUUCCCAAAGGAACACUCUUAGCCAUUUUAAUUACUACGGUGGUUUACAUAGGAAUUGCAGUGUCUGUAGGUUCCUGUGUUGUUCGGGAUGCCACUGGAAACAUUAAUGACACCAUUGUAACAGAACUGACAAACUGUACUUCUGCAGCGUGCAAAUUAAACUUUGACUUUUCAUCUUGUGAAAUCAAUUCUUGUUCCUAUGGACUAAUGAACAACUUUCAGGUAAUGAGCAUGGUGUCAGGAUUUGCACCAUUAAUUUCUGCAGGUAUCUUUUCUGCCACUCUUUCUUCAGCAUUAGCAUCUCUUGUAAGUGCUCCCAAAAUAUUUCAGGCUCUUUGUAAGGACAACAUCUACCCAGCUUUCCAGAUGUUUGCUAAAGGUUAUGGAAAAAAUAAUGAACCUCUUCGUGGUUACAUCUUAACAUUUUUAAUUGCACUUGGAUUCAUUUUAAUUGCUGAAUUGAAUGUUAUUGCUCCAAUUAUCUCUAACUUCUUCCUUGCAUCAUAUGCAUUGAUCAAUUUUUCAGUAUUCCAUGCAUCACUUGCCAAAUCUCCAGGAUGGCGUCCUGCAUUCAAAUACUACAAUAUGUGGAUAUCACUUCUUGGAGCAAUUCUUUGUUGUAUAGUGAUGUUUGUCAUUAACUGGUGGGCUGCAUUGUUAACGUAUGUGAUAGUCCUUGGACUAUAUAUUUAUGUUACCUACAAAAAACCAGAUGUAAACUGGGGAUCAUCCACACAGGCCCUGACUUAUCUGAAUGCACUUCAGCAUUCAAUUCGUCUUUCUGGAGUGGAAGACCAUGUGAAAAACUUUAGGCCACAGUGCCUUGUUAUGACAGGUUCUCCCAAUUCACGCCCAGCUUUACUUCACCUUGUUCAUGAUUUCACGAAAAAUGUUGGAUUGAUGAUUUGUGGCCAUGUUCAUAUGGGCCCUCGAAGACAAGCCAUGAAAGAGAUGUCCAUUGAUCAAGCCAAAUAUCAACGAUGGCUUAUUAAAAACAAAAUGAAGGCUUUUUAUGCUCCAGUGCAUGCAGAUGACUUGAGAGAGGGUGCACAGUAUUUGAUGCAGGCUGCUGGUCUUGGUCGUAUGAAACCAAACACACUUGUUCUUGGAUUUAAGAAAGAUUGGUUGCAAGCAGAUAUGAGGGAUGUGGAUAUGUAUAUAAACUUAUUUCAUGAUGCCUUUGACAUACAGUACGGAGUAGUGGUUAUCCGCCUAAAAGAAGGUUUGGAUAUAUCUCAUCUUCAAGGACAAGAAGAAUUAUUGUCAUCCCAAGAGAAAUCUCCUGGCACCAAGGAUGUGGUACUAAAUGUGGAGUACAGUAAAAAAUCGGAUUUAGAUACUUCCAAAACAUCUGGUGAAAAAUCUGUUACACAUAAAGAUGAGGAAGAGGAUGGCAAGACUCCAACUCAACCACUGUUGAAAAAAGAAUCCAAAGGCCCUAUUGCACCUUUAAAUGUGGCUGACCAAAAGCUGCUUGAAGCUAGUACACAAUUUCAGAAAAAACAAGGAAAGAAUACUAUUGAUGUCUGGUGGCUUUUCGAUGAUGGAGGUUUGACCUUAUUGAUACCUUAUCUUCUGACAACCAAGAAAAAGUGGAAAGACUGUAAGAUCAGAGUAUUCAUUGGUGGAAAAAUAAACAGAAUAGACCAUGACCGGAGAGCGAUGGCUACUUUGCUCAGCAAGUUCCGAAUAGACUUCUCCGAUAUCAUGGUCCUAGGUGAUAUCAAUACCAAACCAAAGAAAGAAAACAUUGUAGCUUUUGAUGAAAUGAUUGAGCCAUACAGACUUCAUGAGGAUGAUAAAGAACAAGAUAUUGCAGAUAAAAUGAAAGAAGAUGAACCAUGGCGAAUAACAGACAAUGAGCUUGAGCUUUAUAAGACCAAGACAUAYCGGCAGAUCAGGUUAAAUGAACUAUUAAAGGAACAUUCAAGCACAGCUAACAUUAUUGUCAUGAGUCUCCCAGUUGCUCGUAAAGGUGCUGUGUCUAGCGCCCUCUACAUGGCAUGGUUAGAAGCUCUGUCAAAGGACCUCCCACCAAUCCUCCUAGUUCGUGGGAAUCAUCAGAGUGUCCUUACCUUCUAUUCUUAAGUGUUCUACACAAUGGACUGCUCCCAGAAUGGUACUUCAGUGCCUAGUGAAGUGACUGAAAUCUUCAAUGACACAUUAACAUCACAAUGGCAAACUGUGACUUUUCUUUCACUAUUUCAUUAAUUUGAAAGCACACAGGAAAGUUGCUCCAGUGAUAAGUGUAUGGAGACUUCAGUUGUAGUCAAUUCUGUAUCUCAAUCUUAAUGAUGAUUCUUGUUGGACUGAAGUUCAUAUGAAAGUAAAGUUUUCCCUUGCUACUUGAAUAGCAAUAAAAGUGUGUUAUUUUUUGAUUGAUGAAAGGAGUUACAAAAAGCCUUUAGCCUUGAGGUGCCUUCUGAAAUUAACCAAAUUUCAUCCAUAUAUAUCCUCUUUUAUAAAUUUAUAGAAUGUCAAACUUUGCCUUUGGAUAUUAUUUUAUUUCUAGUCUCACAGUAAAACAAAAUGGACACUGCUUUUCAUCUUCCAUUGACCAAUUAAUGUUGAGUACUGUAUGUUUUCUAUUACUUUUGUAAAAGUAUCUGUUAGAUAUUAAAUGUGAGAAUUAGGGCAGGCUAAUGAAAAAUGGGAAAAAAGUGGGGUCAAUAACCAAAAAGUAAACCUCAGUGUUAGAUUUAUGAGAAUAUAUAUAAAUGUAGAGCUAGGGGAAAAGGCUCAAAAUACCUUCUUUAAUUCCCAAUUGACUGUUUUGUGUUUUUUUUUAACCUUAAAAGGUUGAAGAUUUACCCAGUACUUCUAUAUACCAUGAUGAAAAUUCACAUGUUAUUCUUUAAAUAAAAAUCCUCAAGAUCAUUUGUAUUUAAGAGAGAUCUGUCCUAAUUUAAAAUUUCUCUCAAAUUUGAGGGACUUUUAAGAAAUGCUUACAGAUUUUUCUGGAGGAAAUUUAGACAAAACAAUGUCAUUUAAUAGAAUAUUUCAAUAAACACUAUGGAAUUUUACUAUACUGUAUCAUCCUUUAUAAAUCCAUUAAAAUAAUGUUUCACCAAAUGGUUAAAUGGACCACUGGUUUAUUAGUGAAAUGUUUUUAGGCUUAAUUCAUUUGAUUGUCAAGUACACUUAGUCUUAAUACACUCAGGUUUGAACAGAUUAUUCUGAACAUUAAAAUUUAAUCCAUUCUUAAUACUUUAAAACUUUUGUGUUAAGAAAAACUGCCAGUUUGUGCGUUUGAAAUGUCUCUUGACAUCAUAGUCUACUAGUACAAUUUGACAGUGCAUAUGUACUGUUACUAAAAGCUUUAUAAAUAGUUAUUAAUGUGAAGGUUUUUUAUUUUUGUUUUUGUUUUUUUAUUCAAGGAAGGAUUUCCUAAAAACAUUUCAAGGGAUUUAUGUCUACAUAUCUGUAUGUGUGUGUGUAUAUGUAUAUGCAUACACAGAUACAUAUGUGUAUAUGUAAUGAAAUUUGUAUUGCUGGUGUUUUGCAUUUUAAAGUGAUCAAGAUUCAUUGUAUUAAACUUUUUUGGUUUUAGUAAACAUGUUCAAAAUCAAAUUGACAGAUUACAGGUUUCAUAGAGAACAAAGCUGAUCAUUUGAAGGGCAUAGUGUAACUUCACACAACUAUCAUCCAGUUAGAAAAUGGUGAACAUUUCAUCUAAAGUACUUUUCAGUGGGUUCAUUGUUGAGUUUCAGUGGUGGGGAAUUUAUGCAGGUUCUUGUGAAUCUUGUUAGAAAUCUAUAAAAUUAUUUUCAGUGCUGCAGUAUUUUUGCUGCAUGAGUAUGAACUGAAUUAAUAAAAAUUGGAACUCUGAUAAUUUAAAUUCAGAAUAUUAAGAAAARGAGGUAAUCAAUUUUCUAAAAAUUAUUUCCUACAUUAUAACUCCCAGCAUUGUUUAAUUUAUUGCAGGUUUUGCAGUGUUGGGGGGAAACAGUAGAAAUGUCACUUUGUUCAGUAAAUAAUAUCAUGUGUGAACUUUUUAAGUGGAUAAUAGGGCAUGGCCUGAGUGCUGCUAAUUUGAAAUAUGCACAGGUACACUUAUUUUGUUUUGUUUUGUUUUGUUUUUGUUUUUCCCAUUCAGGAAAACAACAUUGUGCUCUGUACUACAGGAACCAAAUGUCAUGCAUCAUACAUGUGUGUAUAAAGUACAUAAAAUAUAUCUAAAUAUGCAUAAUGUGGGGAGGGUAAUAUUGUCUGUGAAAUAAUGUAAGAAGCUUUU